AAGCGAUAAUAAGUUGACGAGAUUACCGGCUAACGUCCUUGACAGCCUUACAAACCUAACGGAAUUGCUAUUAGAGGGCAAUCAAUUAACAGUCCUUCCUAAUAAUGGUUUGAAACAGCUUGUUAAUCUUCAGAUACUUGAUAUCCGUUAUAACAACAUAUCUGAUUAUCGGCUAUGUGCCCUCCUCCCAAGAAGGGAUAUUGUAGAAUUCAACUAUUUGAAAAGACAUCCGCUCCAUCAUCUCAACGAAUCCUUCUGUUCCAUGAGCUGUUCUAAGACACCAAAUCCGGUCUGUGAAGGGCUAACAUUUUGUACCGGUGCUCUCUCUAACUACACAUGUAAUCUUGCAUGUCCAGCCCUAACUAUAUCGCAGGCUAUAUUCAACACAACGUCUCGGCUUAUCGGUGACUCAGUGAACGUCAACUGUAUGUCCGGUCAUCAACUUGUCGGUCCACAAGACGUGAUUUGUAUGAAGGGACUAAUCUGGUCAAGGUUACCUUCUUGUCAGGUCAUCACAUGUCCAGCUACUCCAUCAAUUGCUAAUGGUCACUUCAGUACAGUGCCUUCUAGCUUUACAAUUGGAGGUACAGCAAACAUAUCAUGCUUUCCAGGAUACCAGCGAACAGGGGCAGCAGCAAUCACCUGUGGUACUAGUGGACAAUGGCCAACAAGAGAUUCUCUUCCAUCAUGCACAUUGAUAUCCUGCACUUUGCCCAGCCCACCUUCCAAUGGCUUUAUUGUUAGCAGCUCUAAAUCUCCUGCUGGUGUGACGGUCUUUGCCUGCAAUAAAGGCUAUGAACUGAUGGGCAGCAGUGUCACUGUGUGCUCGACUAAUGGUGAUUUAUCACACCCAACGCCAGCAUGUGCAAUGAUAUCCUGCGCUGUUCCCAGCCCACCUUCCAAUGGUUUAAUUGUUAGCAGUUCUACUUCUCCUAAUGGUGUGACCGUCUUUGCAUGCAACAAAGGCUAUAAACUGACGGGAAGCAGUGUCACUGUGUGUUUGACGAAUGGAACGUUAUCAAACCCAACGCCAACAUGUGCAAGAGUCGUUUGUUCAUUUUUGACACAUCCAAGAAAUGGUUCAGUCUCGCCUGGUCAUAACAAUUUCCAAGCAAUUCGAAACUACACUUGUAAUGAAGGUUUCAAAGUGGUGGGAUUUGCCACAACUAUAUGUCUACUGCAAGGAGUUUGGUCUGCACCUCCGCCAACUUGCCAACACAUCACAUGUCCAGCUGCUCCACCGUCGAUAGCUAAUGGUUACAUCAGCACAGUGCCUUCUAGUUUUUUGGUCGGAGGUACAGCAAACAUAUCAUGCCUUCCAGGAUACCAGCGAACAGGGGCAGCAGUAAUCACCUGUGACAAGGGCGGAGAAUGGCCUUCUAGUAAAUCUCUUCCAACAUGCACGAGAGUCACUUGUUCGCCUUUGAUUCAACCAUUGAAUGGCCUAGUGUCACCUGGAGCUCACGAUUUCGAUGCAAUUCGAACAUACACUUGUAACCAAGGAUACACAUUGGUUGGUUCGCCUACAACUAAAUGUGUUCUGGAUGGAGUGUGGUCUGCACCUGAACCAACCUGCCAAAGAGUCACUUGUUUGCCUUUAACGCAUCCAACAAAUGGGCUCGUAACGCCGGGUGAUAACAAUGUCAAUGCAAUUAGAAACUACACAUGUAUCAAAGGGUUCACAUUGGUUGGUUUUCCGUCAACUACAUGUCUUUCGAACGGAGUUUGGUCCACACAUCAACCAACCUGCCAGCGAGGAAAUUGUACGCCUUUGACGCAUCCAAUGAAUGGGUCUGUGUCCUCGGGAACCGACAAUUUCGAAGCAAAUCGAUCCUACACUUGUAACAGAGGAUACACUUUGGUUGGUGUCGCUACAACUACAUGUCUUCUCAAUGGAGUUUGGUCUGCACCUCAACCGGCUUGCCAACCUUCAACAACAUGCCCAGCACUGCAAUUUGAGAACGGAGUCACUCCUGCACAAAAUACAAGAGUCGGUGAAGCUGUCGAAGUUGAAUGCGCUAAAGGAUACCAACUCAAAGGUAGAAGCUUCAUUGUCUGCCUGUCAAGUGGACAAUGGUCAGAUACUCCGCUCUGUACUGAGCACACUACAGAGACGAAUGCGGAGAAGAAGGCUAGUUGGCUGGGACAAUCUACAAGUUGGAUCAUAAUUGGAGCUGUUUCAGCGCUCGUUUUGCUUCUAUUGUGCUUCGUCAUCAUCUGGAAACGAGCUGUAUCACGUGAUAAGAGCCUGCCCUCCUCUUUUGCUUACGACGGACCCAUGAGUGAAACCGGUGUAAGGGAUAAGAGCCCGAACCCCUCUUUCACUUACAACCGACCUAUGCGUGACACCGAUGGAAGUCCUGAGGGUGUCAAUUCCUCUUUCGCUUACAAUGGACCCAUUUGUGACACCAUUGGUAGAUAUGAGAUCAUGCACCCCUCUUUCGUUUACAACAGACCCAUGUGUGGCACCGAUGGAACGGAAAAGCAAUGCCCUACGACCGACUCUUCCAUCACAUUGGUAACCGACACGACGGGGGCUCUGGUUAAUGGCACGUCCGACCGACGAACAAGCGAUAGCAUAUGCAAAAUGGAGGUAUCCGACACACAAGGAAAAGGUACUCCGACAGCACAGAAUGAAGUGGGCAGCCCUCCAUGAUGCAUGCUGUACUGUGCGCUGAGAGGGAAGUACAUGAGCUGAAGUAGCAAGAAACAGUCGACAGCCUUGAGGGUGACAUUGAUCGAUUUUACACACGCAGCACGCAUAAUAAUAAUAAUAUUAAUACGCACGCAAGUCUCUUGUCCUGUUUUCAGCAAUCAAUGACAGGAAUGAGUAACUAGAACCGGCGGACCUGGCUGAUUACUCUCUGCGUGCAUUACACCUGGGCCCCAAAGGUCUCAAAGUCCAAGGGCAUCCUACCUGAUCCCAGUGGGUGGGUGGAGACAUCUAACACGGCUGUAUACCGGACGACUGUGGACAUGGCAGAGAAAUACCCAAACUAACCCAUUUGUAUUCCGUGAGAUGACAAGCCAAUACUUGCCAGGACAAUCCCACACUUAUGUAGUGAUCGCGUUUUACAUGAUCCAGUUUGAUUAUUAUCAUUCUUGUCUGUAGGGCAGGUCUAGCCAUUCAUCUCCCCCAGAGCCAGUCUUGUAUUGCAAGUGUACUGGCGCGAUCUGUUUCAUGACUGUUCUCUGUUUGAAAACGUGGAUGAGAAUUGAGGCGUGUGGUUGAACACCGCUGCUGAAUUCCACUUAGUGGCCUUUUUUCCAUUUUCUACUUUCCGUAAAGUCAGUCUGUUCCUAA